AUGCCAAUCAUUUCGCCUGUGAAGGGCACUUUCAAGACAGGACGUGCACCAUUGAAGGAGACGGACACGAAUGCAAAGAGAAAUGUCGAAGCGGUGAAGCGAAAGACGGUCGAGAGGCUCGAGCAACAACAAUUGAAAAGGGCGAAAACAGUGGAGACUGGCCAAAUAUCGCGAAGAAAUAUCGAAGGUGCGGUGCAAACGAACAAGCAAAACGACUUUAAGAAGGCUGUAGCCGAACAAAGCAAAGUUACGCCGCGCGAUUUGGCAGAAUGGCAAGCAAAUUGGAGGAAAAUCUUGCGCAAGGAUACGAAGAUAUAUUUCGACAAUACGGAAGUAACAGAGCCAAAACACAAGUUCGAACGUAGACGGGAUAUUCUGCGACAAGGCUUUUCGUCUUUAGGCGCGACAAUCACAUCCUUUUUCGAUACCAGCGUCACGGUCGUGAUCACCAGACGCACGAUCAAAGAUCAUGAGUCGUUGCCCGACACGGACGUUCUGGUGCGCGCACACAGGAGAUAUAUGAAGAUAUGGAAUUAUGACAAGGCUCUGAGGUUUUUGAAGAAUCUGGACGUCGAUUUGGAAGCGCUAGAGACUUCGGCGCAACAGGCGCAUCCGACACUGUCGAACCUGUUGCAGAACGAAAAGCUGUAUGGGCCCUCAGACAGAGACCCGCGUGCCAGACGCGAUGAUGUACAUUAUUUCAAAUAUCCACACGUUUACUUGUACGACCUGUGGCAAGUGUGGGCGCCACUCAUCACAGCAGAAUGGAGACCGCACGAGCUUUCGUGUUCGGACAAACUUCCGUAUCCAGAUUUGAAGCCGGGAACUUUCGGGAGGUGCCCAUUUGUGGGCGAUGGCCAUUGCAAUGAGGCAAGUUCCAAGCGAAUCAUCAAACGGUAUCGGAGAGAUAAGUACAACGAGGAAUACGCUUUGCAUUUGCGUCUCAUCUACCAAGAGAGCGCACAACCACGUCAGGUGUCCACAGUGAAGGAAUCAGAAAUCCUGUUGCUCCCACACAACCAUCCAAACUCCAAGAAAUGCUACCACCACAUUUUGGGCCAAUUGAAUUUGGAAGAAGGUAAAGCUGACGAAUCCAUUGAACCCCUUGGUCAGAAACAGGAGGCUUCCCCAUCUAAUAGUUUUGCAUCCACGUCAUUGAAGCCACCUUUUAAAACCGCCUGGAAGACGCCUGCGCUCGCAAACAUCAAUAUCGCACCCACACUUAUGAGACAAGAAACAGAGGAACUCGCAGACGAUUUGUGUCGAAAAAAAUCGCGCAUUCCACAGGAAAUCAAAGCCAGCGGUGUGACUCAAUCGAAUGAGGGGUCCGCAUCCGUCGGAAACGGCCUGGGACCUACGAAGGCAUCUGUAACGAACAAAAGCAUGAAAAGUUUAAACCGCUUGGUGGUCGACAAGAAACUACAGCCAUCCAAACCCACAGCGACCACAACCAGAGAAAGCGUACCCAUGACUGUUUCUCCCGCGGUACUUAACGCAGACGAAACCAACGACGCACCAAAAGACGAAAAAUCGAAGGAAAAAAAAACUGUCGUCAAGCGACAGGAUGCUCGCAUGGGCUCCGGUUAUUGUGAAAACUGUCGCGUCAAGUAUGAGAGUUUGUCGCAGCAUGUGAAGUCAGAAAAACAUCUACAUUUCGCGCAAGAUGAUGUGAAUUUCGAGGCCAUCGACUCUUUGAUAGAAAAGCUAGCCGCUGCAAGAGCUUUCACAGGCGUAUUCUGA